UAUAGGAUUAUUCCACUAGGUGGCGCAAGCAGUGCGUUUCCGAAUCUCAACUUAAUUUGAACAAACAUGGCAGUGUCCAUGCAUAAAUGCGUGAGUCCGUUGAUGUUGAUAGGUCGAAGAUUAUUGAGUCCGGAAAUCAAGUCAGUAUGUCCUUAUCACAAAAAGGUGGUGGACCAUUAUGAGAACCCUAGAAAUGUGGGAUCACUUGACAAAAACGCCCAUAAUGUUGGGACAGGAUUAGUGGGUGCUCCUGCGUGCGGCGAUGUCAUGAAGCUCCAGAUUCAGGUGGAUGAGAUGGGAAAGAUAGUGGACGCCAGAUUCAAGACGUUCGGCUGCGGUUCGGCGAUCGCUUCCAGUUCUCUAGCAACGGAGUGGGUGAAGGGUAAAUCUAUAGAUGAAGCUCUGAAGAUCAAGAACACGCAGAUAGCCAAAGAACUGUGCCUUCCACCAGUCAAACUGCAUUGCUCCAUGCUGGCAGAGGAUGCUAUAAAGGCAGCUUUGGCCGACUACAGACUCAAGCAGAAGGACAACAAGAAGGAGGAAACCGUAGCUAGCAAUUAAGAGUUCAUUCUUCUCACUCAGUCGUGCUCUACAGCAUCACAAGGCUCUGGGAUCAAAAACGCCAUUCUUGGGUCAAGAGGGAUAUCAUUAAACAGCUGACUGCUCUCUCUGUAUGGCAGAAGAGAAACUCGUUUGUCUGACUUCUUGCGGCUCCCAUUCAAUGUAAAGCCAUUGGUCUGACAGACACCACUGCUGAAAUGUCGGUUUAGAUUUAUAAUACAAUCUGCUCUAAUUAAUAGUAUUAAUUCCUGAAUAUGAAUACAUUAUAGGUGAAAUAAA